AUGACCAGAUGGAUUAUCGAACAACAAAUGACUGGAAUCACUGAUACUAUGAGAAUAAAUAUUUUAAGUACAAUAAGUACUUCGAUUGAUAUACAUGGAACAUCAUCAAUGUAUAAGAUUGCCGAAGAACUUAAGACUUGGCUUAAUGGAACUUAUGAGAAGUAUUGGACUGUAGUAAUCGGUGAUCCUAACAGAUUUGUGAGCUGCGGUACGAUUUCUGAAGCCAAAUAUUUGUGUAUCAAAGAAUCAAGAUUGGGAUGGAGAAUUCAAAUGUAUAAACAAUUAGGAUAA